AUGACGACUGAUCACUCACAGAAACACCUCUCAACUUCAGAAUCACGCUCUUCCUCUCAUUCUUCCCCUCUAUUCUCACUAGUAAAUCUCCCCAGCAGACUCGUUCUCGAGAAAGUCUACCUCAACGGAUUACACGCAUUACGUCGCUUUAAAAUAAGGAAUAUAUCUCCACAUACUUUACUAGUAAAAUUACGUUCAAACUUGGGCUCACAAAUAGCCUUCCAGUUAACAAACGAAAAUCUUCCCGAGUUCCAAACACAUCAACUGGAUUCGCCCUCACGCGAAGAAGAUUUCUCAACACGCAGUCCUUCCCCAUCCGUAUCUCUCUCCAACAUCACUACUAACACCGUGGAAAUAUCACCAGGUUGUGAACAAAAGAUUAUCCUGGCUUUUCUGCCCGCUAUUGACAAUAAAGGAGGAUCAGUUCUCGGACGCGUAUUGCCGGUCGGAAAUAAUGAAUCUAUGGCGGGAGUGGGUAGUCCAAAUAACUUGACCGAGUUGGAAGAUAGAGACAUGAGAAUAGGAUAUACCACCGAAGAAGAGGAGACAUCAGAGUUUCACGAGAUCAACGGAUUGCUGUUCUUUUUUGCUUAUAUUGUAAAUAAAGAACAGAGCGUCACCCCAGUAAAGACUGAUUCGGAAAUCGAGGCAAGUGGUCAGAUUGGGAAAUCGAAGAAGCCGAGUCCAAAGGAAGAAGAUAAACUACCUAUUCACGACACUUCGGCACACUACCCGAAAGCCGAUUCCCAACUUACAAUCAAGUUCCGUUCAGCCGUAUGCCGUUCGGUUCUAUGGACAGACGUCGGAGAGACUGGGAUUAAUUUUGAUGAUUGUGUUGCUGGUGGUACUUACUUCAAGGACUUUACCAUAUGGAAUCGUUCAGAAAUAGAAUUGUAUUGGCUGUUGAAUACCGUGGAUUUGUCAAAUUCAGAUAGGGAAGAUUGGCUAAAAUUUACAGAUUACGAUACGGGAGAAGUGCUAGAUGCAAAACCAAUCUCUAGUUUUUCCCAUCGGAGAAUAAGAGUUACAUUUAGACCCAAAGAAAUUGGAGAAUUCAACUAUGACUUGCAAUUGGAGAAUGCAAACGAUCCAUCAAACGUUCUUGAGACUAGGAUACAUGCUGUAGUCAGAUCUGUUCUACAUGAAGAGUCUUUGGUAGUAAGCAGUGGGAAUGUUUUGGAUUUCGGUGACUGCUGUGCUGGAGUCUGGAGUAACCAGCAAUUAGUGCUAAAAAAUGUCAGCAACGCACCUUUGGAGAUACACUUUAGUUCAGCUAACGCAGAUAUAUUAUUUCGUAUCGAAGAUGCUCUGGAUCCGAGUACUUUAGAUUUUAAAGCACGUAGUUAUAGUGCUGACACUGAUUCAUCAAAGCGUCGAGGGCGAGACAUGAUGAUCAGAUCAGGAAGUACAUCAGUAGGAGGCAGCACACCAACUGAUGCUAACACAACGAGCGAAAGGUCGGUAAGUAGUACGUCUACCUCCAGAGCUCCAUCACCUGCAUUAUUUGCGCGAGAUAUCGACAUGAUGGGGUCAUCGACCGACAGUAUAAUGGUAAAUCAGACUCUAGAGAACACAAAAUCAACGAGUUUAUAUGGCAGUCCAAAGCACGAAGAUUUAGGCAUAGACGAAAUGUACAAAACCAACUUUCCUAAUUCAUUGGCCGUCAUAGGAGAUCCACUAAGCAAGAAAAUAGUACCGGAACAGGAGUCGGGCCUAGUUCAGAUCGAAGAUCUUGUCUUACGUUCGGGCAAAGAGAAGACCGUAAUCGUAUCUUACAGGCCCGAGAAAGACUCUUCUGCACGAGACUUUAAUGCAGGUCAUCUUAUCCGGCGAACGUUUAGGAUUAUCCUUAAUUAUGCUCCUCUCACAUCCAAACCGGUUAGUUUUGAUCCGACUGUGAUGGAGCGGAAAAUAAUCCAAUGCAAAGCCCGAAGCUGUACUUCAUUUGUCGAUGUAAAACCAAAAGAAGUCAAUUUCGGUGACGCUGAUGUUGGAAAGCUCAAAUCGAUGCCUAUUUAUGUAACUAAUCUUUCAGAACUGACAGCACGCGUUGAAUUGCAAUUUAGCUCCAAAAUACUGAACGCUUCUCGACGAGAUUUUACUAUUCCGCCAAAGCAAACGAUAGAAGUGAGGCUCGAUUUGUAUCCGCGCAGAGUAAACGUGGAAUACAAAAAAGAAGUGACACUAGUGAAUCUGCAGAAUCGUGAUAAUGAUCGAAUAAUACAAGUAAUAAGCACAAAUAUUGACAAGAAUCGGGUGACCUUGCACUCGUUGUUCUAUCGCAUUCUCACAUCUACGAGAAGUCAUUAUCUGGAUUUUGGGUCGACUGUCUUAAAUUCAUCAAAUGUUCGUACAUUUACGAUAGAAAAUGUUAGCAAGAAAAAGCUAGUCUUAGAACUGACUUCGUCGCUACCCGAGGAGAUUGUUAUGUAUCAAAAACGACAGACAGUAGACGACGCUACAAAGACUGGUGCCCCCUCUACAUCAACCAUAGUUGACAAUGCAGACAAUCAAUCACCCAGCGUUGAAGAACUAGAGUCUCGCAGUUCGCAAAUACAACGAAGAAAAAAAUUAUUAGAGUCUAUAGCCGAUAAACGACCAGUAAAAAAACUCCCGGCCUCCAUAGAGUCGAGCGGGAUUGGUUCAUCCUCACGAGAUAUUUUAUUAACAAAUGCCGUCCUCUCAAGUGUUGUCCAUCAUGACACGUCUUUUACAGAUGCAUAUUCAGCUGCAUAUUUGGAUUUAGCUGCACCGUCUGCAAAAGAUGCUAGACGUCCUCCGCGAAGACGACCACAUAAAUUGCAACCAGGUAAAAAUGCUGGUUAUGGCCCUGCUGCAUUCGACUGGCUAAAAGAAAGUAACGGUACAACGACUAAUGUUUCUGGUAGCUCUCUGACUACCUCUGGUUCCCUGACAAAUGAUGACGAUAGUUACCGAAAAGAAGGUGAAGCACAUUUUGGAGAUAACGAUUCUCGAUGGCGCUCAACUUUCAACAGUGCAGCAAAUUUACAUAAACAGUUGUCUAUGACAGAACCCAUCGAAUUUUCGCAUAUGCCCGUUGAGACAAUUGUUGCUGCCUUUGUGAAUAGUAAGCCUAUAUCAUCUCUAUUAUUUCCUAAAUCGGCUGUCGAGGAGACGUACGUACGUAAUCAAAUAAACCUACGAAGGGGAUUAUCCGAUCGCAUUGCGGAACGGCAAAUCGUCCGUAUUUCGACUGUAGAAAUAAAUCCAGGCACUGAAAGACAAAUUAUCGUUGUUUUCGUACCCGACGGUCAACUGCGCCAACAUAUUCAAGGGCUACCAAAGACUCAGGACGCCAGAAUAUUUUUACGCUUGGUAGAAUUUGAUCAGGAUAUCGAACAACCAGAAUUUGAAAGUCUAAUUCAUGGUGAUCUAACGCAAAUACCAGUCAGAGAACUUCUUGUUCGAUCGACGCUGUGCAGGUCUAUUAUGGAUCUUGGACAGAAGAAUAUAAACUUUGGAGUAAUGGACAAGAGUGAGCGACGCAACAAGUCUAUAGUCAUUCAGAAUCGCAGUGAAGUACCUCUACUAUACAAUAUUCGCAAAUCCGGUUCAAUCGCUUCUGGAGACAUUGUGUUUAAUUCUGGGCGCAUGGGUGUAGUUCGAGGAUAUGGUAAGAAAGAAGUGGAGUUCAGGUUCUCUCCAAGCCUCGCUGGGCAAUUUCAUGAGCGGCUAUUUGUUGAGAAUAUACAAGAUAAUAAGAGCAACUCUGUCAUAUCCGUUAAAGCUAAUAUACGGAGGCAAUCGAUUUUUUUUAUUCAAUCAUUGAAUAUUGAUUUUGGUGCUUGUCUUAUUAAUGAGACUGCCGCAAGAGCUCAGCAGAUAGUCAUAAGUAACAUGUUGAAGCAAUCGCGGACUUUCGAGAUUCGCUUUGAUCCACAGGAACUCAAAUACAACUCGUGUUAUGGAGAUUUACAUUUUGUCAUCCAGGAUGACAUAGAAGGUGCCCCAUUACCUAGUGGGCUUAUCAGCGAAGAUAUUCAAGAAGAAAUAGAAGGUUUAGAACAAAAAGUUAAAAUUGCAAAACGAAAAGGGCAAGGCGAUAAAGCAAUGAAAAUCGAAAAGAGAAUCGCUAGAUUACGGAGAGGAGAAGUAGGCAGAGAUACGACAGAAGAUGAGCAAGUGAUAUCAUCAGAAACUCAGACAUCAGAGUUGUUACCAAAGGAAGACAACUUGGAAGCUGUCAACGAUACACAUCAACUAUCAACAGAAGAGUCAGAUAUCGCGAAGGUUGAGUCUUUAGAAAUGACGCGACGAACAAAUAUAGUUACAUCUAGUAGUGGAAAAGAUACACCAAAGUACAAAAGAACAGAGAACUCCAUAAUAUUUCCUUUAGAAGGUCGAUCUACGAAAACAAUAUCAGUUUACUUCAAAGCGAUCUCCACGAAGAAUGCAGUGCCAGGUGAAAACGACGAACAUUCAGAUUCCCAGACAUUAACACAACCGUUAACAUUACAACAAAUAAGCGGACGCAUUUUUGUGCACGAACAUAAGAACACGGAUGUAGUCAAACAUGUUACAUUCCACGCAGCAGUUUAUUAUGAUCGUUCUUUGUAUUCACAAGCUCUUGAAAAAGAUGGCUCUCUGGUUGACGCAAUUCCGGUGCCUGUGCCCACCCUUGCGCAAAAUUUACAAACGACACCUGUUACUGCGACGUCGAUUACUGUUUCGCGCACGGAGGUAACAGAUGCAAACGAGAGCGAGCAUAGUUUGCCUUCUUUUGCACACAAAAUGUUUGCAACUCCGCUUUCGCACGUAGUAGAAGCCAUAUCAUCGAUACUACCUGACCAUCGUCAUUAUUCACAUCCGAUUAAGGUUACAGACAGUUCGGAUUCUCAUACGACUCCUGUGGAACCAUUUCAAAAGCAUUUGAUUAUUGAGCCCACGACGCUUGAUAUUGGUCGAUUAGAAGUAAAUCAGCAACACAGUUAUUACUUCAAGAUCUCCAAUCGGGGUGAUGUUGAACUUCAGUAUGAGAUAUUAAUACCUAAAGGAGAAGAGACAUUCUUUCAAGUUAAUGAACUUACUGGGAUACUAGCCCCAUCAACGACACAACGUGUCGAUUUCACAGUAAAAGCUGAACAUGUGGGACGUCAAGCCCAUUCAUUACUAAUUCAUAAUCUAACAAACAAGUGCCACUGCAAAUUUACUCUCCAAGGAUAUAUCCAUCACGCACACUACUUGAAGUUUCCGUCUUUGGGCAAAGACGGUCAAGCAGAACUAGACUUGGGAUAUUGUUAUGUCGACCCUGAACGAAAAUAUUCUCAGGUUACUCCGCUUUUAAUCGAGAAUGUGACUGACCAGGAUCUCUAUAUCAGCUGUCAGAGCAAUCUCUCUCAGCAAGUAUGUAUUUUCCUUGACGAGCAAGGCGAACGUGGACAAGUAAUUGAAACCUUACUUCGAGCAAGAACGAUGAUGACUGUCUGGGUUGCCCUGAGACCAAACUUGUUGGGGACCAUGCUUGGUACUGGAUGGCGUAACACCAAUAUGGGAGCGGCUGGAACAGGGGGUCAGAUAGCAGCUGCAACUUCUACGAACACUAUUUCCGAAGAUCGAACAUUGGUUGGCGGGAUCAAAUUCACUAUACGAGUGAAAGAAAUCAGUCCGUCAUUGUCGACAAGUUUAGGCGAAACUCCCGCAGACGAAGCAAGUAUAAGUGAAGGAAAGUUAAUUAUGGUUACCAGUCAGACGGUCAAGUUUACCUCUCUUAUUGGCGUCUCGGUGUUGUCUCUAUCGGACACUUUGAUUACUCUUGGUUCGACAUCUACAUUAGGCGAACCCAUUUAUGGCUCCUUCAAAUUGCGAAAUAUGUCCAGACGUCUGCCUUUGGAUUAUGUAGUAGAGUGCCCUAGUGGUAACAUUAUUCUUGACCGCACGCAUGGUACGCUCGAAGGGUGGGGUCCAGUGGCUCUUGAAAUGGAACAAAUCCCUACGAACACGUCAGAUGCUGGAGAGAGCGAGGUUGAGGUUCUUUCAGGCGAAAUCGAUAUCGAAGAUAAGUCACAAAGAAUCAUUAGCUUUCGAGUUACCCCAUCGAAAUAUGGCUUGUUUCGAGACAAAAUUGUAGUGAACAAUGAAAAUCAUACUGGUCAAACGUUUGAAAUUGAAGUUCGACUAUUUGUCGACGAAGAGCUGCUUCAUAUAGCCAAGACAGACAUCCCUGAAGAUAGUAUAGACAGAUUGAUAGUUGAUACUGAUCUAAAAUUUGCAGACAGCAUUAGAGAAUCUGAGCGAUUACCCGCACUUAUAUGGAACAACGUAUGUGUAGCAGUCAUUAACGAGGAAUCAAAUUUGGAGAACAAGGUUGAUGUUGCUGGGCCUGGUUCGGAAAUUAAAGCUGUAAUCCAAAAAAGCUCUUCAGCAACGGCUACCCCAUCGUACGAAUUAUGCAUAGAAGUUAGCAAUACAUCAAGGACAGACACUGUACAAAUUCUUCCAAAGAGCAAUUUAGAUGCAGACGUACGCUGGGAAUCGUCAGAAGGAUCUCACUUUAUUCAAGCUAAAGCUAACGAUAUACAGAAUGCCGACGAUAACGUAUUUCGUACGUGUGGAACUUCUCUCGAAAUGUCUCCAAACAGCAAGGCUUACCUUUAUGUAAGUUGUCCAUUUCCUACCAUGCUCAAUAAAUCCGACUCAAUUGCACUCAAACAGGGAAAAUUAGUAAACACAGCAGGGCUAUUACUAUUGUAUGACAAAGUACGAGAUGUUGCUGUCAAAGCCAUCGAGUUGCUUGCCGAUUAUUAUGUAUCAAAGGGAGAACUGAGCACGAAUAUGAUUGACCUUGGUAAAAUUGGACAUUCAAAUUCUUGGGCGGAUGUUACAUUUCAGUUCACUGUUAAGAAUUUGUCAAGUGCACCUUUGCAGUAUGAAUUGGAUAGUCCCGAAUGUAUAGAGAUAUUGGAAGAAGAUAGCAAAAGUUCGGAACAACCAAUGAGGGGGGAAGCUGCAUCGAAACAUAUAAUAUCAGCUCGUGACGAGAGAAUAUUUUUGGCUGUUCUUAAACCUCUACAGAUAGACAGCUUUUCGCCUGGAGAACGAGCAUUUUAUAUCAACGUUGUCAAUAUGUAUAAUCCUAACAACACGAUGAAAUUAAAACUGAAAGCGAUUUUAACUCUUCUCGAACUCCAGUUUGAUCGACUUGUAUUGGUUCUUCCAGCACUUUAUCAUCCUAUACCCAAGCCAGAUGCCCCAUGUGAUUCUUGGUUCACCAUAUCCAAUACUUCUGAGGAUGAUAUACGCUUUGAGAUUGGCGUCGAACUUGCACCUGAUGUGUCACAGUUUGUAAGAGUUGAAGUUCUAUCAAGAUUUUCGAAUUCACCUUUAAUAGGUAGCGUAUCGGUGAGCGCACAUGGCUCAAUUGAAGUUCGUGUUAGAGCUUAUCCUAUUGAGAAUGUUCGUAUACCACAACAAGCAGCAUACCUUGUGAAUCCUGAUGGUGUUGGAUUUGGUAAGCUUUGGCUUGCGACUAAAAGUGCUGAAGGGGGCGUAUUGAGAGUAUCAAAGAAUAUUCCUAUACGGGGUAUUAUAACUGAAUCUUCGACCUUUGUUGUAUCUGAGAAACGUAUUGUUUUCAAGACGGCUUUGUAUACUUCAGACAAUGAUGCUAAUGCCGAUGCAGGUGAAUAUGAUCAACGGCCAUCUGCGAGUCGUCGCUCGUCUAUACGCAAGCCAAGGGAACUUAUAGAAAAUAUAAACGAUGAAGGCUCAUUACAGCAAGACUCUUUUGUCAUAUGCAAUUUAUCAGAAAAGAUUCCCUUGCAAUUCCGAAUAACGGUUGAAGGGCCUCUCGAAGUUUCAGCUAGCGAAGUAAUCAAUAUAUCGAAUGUAGACGAACAUGGAUGUGGUGUUGUUGGGGUGGGACAGAAGAUGGCUCUAUUAGUAGAAUUAAAGGACUCGGACAGAGUUAUUUCUGAGGACAUAAAGAUAUUUAUUGAAGAUAAGGAAUCACUAAUAAGCCAAAGGCAAACUGUUCUUGUCGGCAUUAUAUCAGAGACGAGAGAACGUAGAGCUACAACAAAGGGAAGAAAAGUUGAAACAACAGAAACACCGAUAAUAGAGGAAUCUAACAAUAAGCAUGAUACUCGACAGUCCUACAAUAAACCAAUGCCUCGUCUGAAAACAUCGUCUGAUCUACCUAUAAUAAAUUUGCGUGGAUGUAAGCGUAUUGAUGAAACUGUUGGACGUUACGAAUUAGAUCUUGGGCAACAAGAUCUUGGAUCUCCUACCAUAACCAGGAAGAUAACGUUGGAGAAUACAUCAAUGAAAGAGAUUUCGUAUAGGGUAAAAAGUGUGUCUCCACGCGACAGGUCAUGGCUUAAGAUUAGCCGCACUGAAGACACUCUUGAGGCUUCUAUUGAUGAGCAUCGUCGAGUAGCUCAUCAACUAACAUUAAGCUUUUUUCCAACGACGAGAAGUACAUUUCUAACGUAUCUGAUAAUUGAGAAUAUGAACAAUCCGGCAGAUACAAAAACGAUAAGAGUCGUUAUGGAGGUAGUUGCUCGACAAUAUCUUAGGCGUGGAGCGAGCGUCCCAAUGGAAAGCAACCAUGUUUUUGACAUAUAUGUGAAUGGAGUUGAUCCGGAUCAGUCAUAUAUUGAGAUGUUGAAUCUGUUUCACGGUUCAGAGUAUUCAGCUCGCAGUAUGGUCGUGCACAACAGAGAAACUGUACCUCUUGAAUUUACAUUUCAGACAAAUCUUGACUAUGAUGAUGGAACGGAGAUGGCAUUUUCCACUUCUCGGACGUCGGCUAAGCUAUUUAAAACUCUAGUUGUCGACCCGCAAAGUAAUGUCCGAGUUUACAUACGUCUCCGACCACUUCCUUCUCGUGAAAUACAACAGGCCCUCGAUAGGGGUAUACCAAGAGAUCCUAGUGAAGUAGAAGAGAAGAAUAUUGAAAUAUACGUUAAUUGCAGACUAGUAAAGGAUUAUCAGCAAACAGUCAAAGUAAAAGCAGAAUGCAGAAUGCCUAGCUUGCGAGUUCAUUAUUCAGAUAAUGGAGCAUUAAUGGGGAAAAUCUCUCGACGUGAUGAUGAGGAAUGGACAGUAAAGUUUGAACAAGAAUAUCGUACAAUUUCAAUUGAGAAUUUACUCGAUUCACCACUUGAUUAUGAGAUAGUCAACGACACCGUUUAUUUUGAAUUGGAUAUACCUGAUGAUGAUAAACGAGCUUCUCCACGUUCGAAGCGCGUUGUAAACGUUCGCCCCAACUAUAAAGCCAUAAUCGACAAUAUUGAGAGCGUGCGAAGGGAAAAAUAUAUACAAGAAAAUGUAACUGUUUACAACAAGAAUAGACCGUCCGAAAAUUAUUGGAUACCCUUGCAGAUGAGUUUUGGACAUAUAUCCACCUUUCAGCUUGCAUCCGGUUACAGGAAUUCAUAUGCAUAUGGUGUUAUUGAGAACCACAUUGUCCGAUUUCUCAGCGAUUUUAAUAGCAGCACUGCGCUAUUCGCAUUAUUGACGGAAGCAGAUGAUGGUAUCAAACGUAAAAUGGUGGACUUGGAGUUCCGCUAUUUCUACAUUGUUGAUCAGCUUGUUCACUGUUCUACGAAUAAAACUGGGGAAAAUUGGUUCCAGGUGGCGAUGCUCUUAUUUGGUACUGUCCUGGGGAGCAAUAUAUUCCAGAAGUAUGCGCCGGCAUAUCUGAAACCGCCCCAAAAUGCAGACGCAGAAGUGCGAAUAUGGCCACCACUACUUGCUGAAUGGGUAAUUACUGUCUUUGGCAGUUGUUAG